CUGCAUCAUGGCUAGUCAUUCAGUCAUCAUAACUCGUCAUUCAGUCAUCAGUCAGUCGUUGCGGUACGUUAGUGGUACGUUCAUCCCUUCCCUCGUCCCCCGCCUGAUUGUCAGUCAUUCAGUCAGUCAGUCAGUCACCAAGUCAAAUACUCUGCAGAGAGGUCAGUUGGUCAGGAAUGAUAUGCCACCUAGCAGGAAAGGCCAGAGAACCCUACACACCCCACGCCCCACACACAUGCACCCAUCAUGCAGUGGACGCGCAGCAUGGCUCUUUGCCACGGCCAAGCCCAAUAAGACCGUCAGACAGGCUCGCUCACAGAAUGGCCACAAGCGUGUACUCACCGAACAGGGUCGGCUCUCCAGUGACACUCAAUCCGGCCGGCACGAUGACCCGCCGCACCUCACCCACACGCAUGUCAGUGAACACCUCCUGGGCCCACUCAAACGAGACACAAGAUCCACCUCCCCACGGACCUCGUCUAACUUGUCUUGUCCGUCGAAGUCGUCAGCCCACACGACCUGGUCGGUCUUGACGUGCUGGUCAGGUGUGGGUUUGGGUCCACUGCCCGGCCGCACCACUCGAUGAUAGGCGCCAGAGGGGUACAGCCGAAAGGACACCUCACGGCUGGUGUCGCCCUCGCUGUCCGCCAUCUUGUCUGUUGCUGCUGUUGCCGCGUCGGGCAGUGCGACCGUGGUUGGUGAGGGUGGCUGCUGAUCGUCCUCUUCCCUCUCUUGGCCUUUCUCGGUGCCGACAGCCGACCUGACCACCAGCAGCAAGUCGGUGUUGGAAGCACACCUGCCUGUGUGUCUGUGUGUGUGGGUCACUCACUUGUCGGGUUCGAUGCAGAGCUUGAUGUGCGAGUGGAAUGACGGCUUGAUGGCCAACCGCUGGCCAUUGAACUCCAACUUAUAGUCACCCUCCCCGCCCUCAUAGACAAAGUGACCAUCCAACAGCCCGACCGGCCCACCGCUCAUGGCGGCAACACACCGCACUGCAGACACACAGACACACAGGCAGACAGUCAGAGUGAUGUUCACGUCACCGUGAGAUCUGGGUGUGUGUCAUUUGUUGGCUGACGUCCUCUGAGUCGGCUGAUGAGUUGGAAGGGCCGCGACGUCGGCGGCAUCUGUGGCUGCAGUGGUGUGAGUGGCGGCCGUACGAACCCAUCGACAGCCGCCCAGGGCACCAACAGGACGGCAAACAGCCACACGACCAUCGCGACAGUCACGACACACACGAGAUUUGUCGCUUGUUCUCUGUUGUUGAUGAAUCAAAUGCCUUCAGAUCACAGGCGGGAGCUGUCCAGGCUGCUCUGACGGUGAGGUCUUCGC